AUGUCGGUCUCGCAAUGCACCGAGGCUGUUGUUCCUGAUGGCUCGGAUUCUGAGGUUAUCGCACUAUGUGGCGGACCAAGCUGCAAUGUACCAGUAACUGACGAUUCAGGCGGUAUGCAAUGCGAUGUCUGCAACCGAUGGUACCAUCAGCUUUGUACGGAGCUAAAUACCGAGCAGUACGCAGCGCUGGCCUCUAGCGAAAUGUUGCUGUUCAGUUGUGCCAAUUGCUGCAGCCGCCGGCAAGGCCGCUCAGCCUUUCGUACGAGAGAUGAAUCUCUUGAUACCCGGCUGCGAAAUGUAGAGCGUUCGUUCUCGAUGCUCUCUGAUCUUCGCUAUAAGAUUGAUCUGCUUAUGACGACGCUUCCGGUCUCCAACAAAGCAGAUUUGAUCGCUUACACCGAUGAUCAGCUUGUGGCACCUAUCAUUAUGUCACCGGUCCAGAUGGCUACCGACCACCAAAAUGAAGCAGCUUCGGACGUCGUAUCUACACCUACGCUGAUCGACGCCGAAUUGCUGGUUCAAGGGUCACUUCGAGUUAAGCGAAGAAGAGCCAGGAAACCUCGUAAGCUCUCUGCUAAACAAGAAGUUGUCUCGGCACCGGAAACAAGCCAAGUGUCGUUACUUGGCAAACCGUCUGAAGGUUGUGCGAAGGCGAAGAUCACAACACGCACUACUUAUCAGCCGAAGUUGCCGGAAAUCUCGGUUCUCACCGAGAAGACAUAUUCUGAAGGUGUGCUUGAUUCUGCUCAAAGCGGAAAAGCCUCACGGGACCCUACUCCUGUUAUCAAGAAGAAAAAGCAGAUAAAAUCUGCUAUAAAGCCUUCCGGUGAAAUCGAUGACCCUAACAAAAGUAAGACAUCGACAAUGGAGCGAAAAACAUACGCUGCCGUUGCUACAUCAUCGGAGGGGCUAAAGACAGUCCCAUCACCAGUAGUGAAGCCACCUGCUCCGAGUGCCGAAUCAAAGACCCGUGGGGUUAAUACACCCCGUCGUGGCGAUUCUUUCACGGAUAGUAGCGUUAUAUUCCGUAACGCGGCUGAAUCUACUGCUGUCCUUCCCGCUGAUCGCAUAUUGGACGACCUUCAAUGGUUUAAAAUGUGCGUAACGAAGCUUCUUCCGCCUGGUUUUCCAGGCGUUACUGUCAGGAAGCUGAUUAGACUGGGGAACGUCCCAGUUAACGUACCAAACCCGCGACCGCGGCUACUUCGUGUGGUACUCUCUACCCCGGAGGAACGCAAUGCUCUCAUGCGGUUUGCGUUUAAGCUGAAAGGUACAAAUAUUAGCGUUCAGCCGGACCUUCCGCUAGCCGAUAGGCUGAAGCUAAGGGAGGCCAUCAAGGACCUCAAAAGCAGGCGAGCGGCCGGUGAACAAGGUCUCCGGUUAGUGGGUUUUCGGGUGGUCAGCCGGCGGUCCUUUUCCGCCCUACCAGUGCCAGUACUGGUAGCGCACGACCCAGGUCUGGAUCUAACGAAAAACUUCAGAUAG